CACUCUACUUGCUGCCUUCUGUUUUAUUUAUCAUGCUAGAAAGGAAUAAUACAGAAAGUGCUGUUUCAACUAAAAAAAGAAGAAUAAAUAAUGAUAUAUUAAAAGAUCUCGAAAAAAAGUUCGAAGCUAUAAAUAUAUUUUGUGCUUUUUGUGAUGCUCGUCUCACAACGGCCGUUACUUUUCAAAGUUUACAAAAGGCCGUAGCUAAUUUAACAAUUGAAGAUUUGGCUGCUAUUAAUGUCAUCAUUCCUGAUUUUGUUAAAUUCAAUCCUAUUUCUAAAGAAACUUUGGAAAUUGAAUUUGGUAGUUCUAUUAGCCAUAAUAAGAAUAAUGUGUCAAAUAAAUUCGACAAUGAUGAAUUCAAUUUUAAUAAAUCAGUACCCGUUAUUAAACCUAAAGCUGUUAAGAAGCAUAUUCAACAGCAAAAUACUUUAUUUAAAAAAUCAUUAAACCAGUUUAUAAAAGAAUGCAAAGAAAAGAACAUUGUAAACACAAAAGAUCAUUUACUAUAUGAGCUUGAGAAAUAUAUACCAAUGCCGUACAUUGAAGAGGAUGACUUAUUUAACUCAAAAGAGGAAAACAAGGAUAAUAUGUCUAUAUCUCAACUUAUUGAAGGUUUCAAGUCUUUAUCCUUUUAUCAUGAUCAGCUUGAUAAUGUGGCAGUAGUAAAAAGUUUUCCUUCUAAAAUGCCAAUAUUGGGUGACAUUCAUAAUUUAGUGUCUGAUCAACUAAAGACAGCAUUAAAAGAAAAAGGCAUUAAUAACCUAUAUAUACAUCAAACAGAAGCUUUAAAGAGUCUAUUACUCGAAAAGCAACACGUUAUUGUCUCUACUUCCACUGCAAGUGGCAAGUCAUUAAUCUAUCAAAUACCAGUUCUAGAAAGUUUAAUAAAAGACAAGUCAAGUACAGCCAUGUAUAUAUUUCCUACUAAAGCAUUAGCACAAGAUCAAAUGAGAUCUUUAAAAGAUAUUUUAUGUUGUGUAGCUUUAAAAUUAGACGAUAUACAGAUUUGUUCAUUUGAUGGUGACACGCCUGUAGAACAACGUUCAUCUAUAAGGAAUCAUGCCAAUGUUAUAUUUACAAACCCAGACAUGCUCCAUCAUGCUAUCCUUCCUAAUUCAAAGCUAUGGAAUCACUUUUUAUUAAAAUUGAGAUAUGUAGUUGUAGAUGAACUUCAUGUUUAUAAUGGCUUAUUUGGAACACAUGUUGCUUUCAUUAUGCGUAGACUAAGAAGAUUAUGCCAUUUAGCUGGUAAUACAAAAGUACAGUUUAUUUCAUGCAGUGCAACUAUUUCAAAUCCUGUUGAACAUAUGAAGAACAUGUUUGGUAUCAAUGAUAAUAUCAACUUGGUCGAUAUAGACGGUGCUCCUCAUGGUAAAAAAGAGUUUAUUAUUUGGAAUCCACCUAUAAUAAACCCAGCAGUAUUGGAUACUAAAUCAGAAGAACGUAGAGGUGCCAUCGCAGAGGGAGCAGAUAUUCUUGAGUAUUUACUGUUGAAUAAUAUUAGAACAAUUGCAUUCUGUAAAAUGCGGAAAUCUUGUGAAUUAUUGAUGAAACAAGUAAGAGAAAACUUGCAAAAGAAAGAUCGUAAAGAGAUGAUGAAUAAAGUGAUGAGUUAUCGUGGUGGUUAUACAGUUGAAACAAGAAGAAAAAUUGAAGGUCAAAUGUUCAAUGGUGAAUUGUUAGGUAUUAUUGCUACUAAUGCAUUAGAACUGGGUAUAGACAUUGGGUCAUUAGAUGCUGUUCUUAUGGUUGGAGUCCCAUGGUCAAUAUCUGCUUUAUGGCAACAGUCUGGUAGAUCUGGUAGAAGAAAUGCUGAUUCUUUAUCGCUUGUUAUCUGUGACAAUAAUCCCUUGGACCAACAUUACGCUCGUCAUCCUGAGGAACUAUUUCUUAAGAAAGCUGAUACUCUUUCCAUUAACCUUGAAAAUAUGUCAGCAAUUGAAGGCCAUCUUCAAUGUGCUGCAGAAGAAGCACCUAUUGAUCCUAUAAAUGAUCAAGUUUAUUUUGGUUGCAAUUUACCAACUUUGUGUCAGGAACUUCUUACAGAAAUUGAUAAUGGUCUCUAUCGUCCCGACCCGCGUUUACGGCCUUAUCCUUCCCAAUAUGUUAGGAUUCGUAACAUAAAUGAUGACCUAUUUGCAGUUGUAGAUGUUACGGAUAAUAGGAAUGUCGUUUUAGAGGAAGUUGAACUACAUAGAGUUGGCUUUGAAUUAUACGAAGGAGCUGUAUUUAUUCAUCAAGGUCGAACUUAUGUUGUAGAGGAAUGUAAUAUUGAUAAAAGAUAUUCUAAAAUUCACCUUGCUAGAGUUAACUGGACUACAUCGCAAAGAGAUUAUACAGAUGUAGAUGCUACAAGUACCAAAGAAAUGAAAUAUAUUCUGAAUACAAAUUAUGCUGUAUCCUUAGGAAGUGUAAAUGUUUCAACUGUUGUAUUUGGCUAUUAUAGAAUAGAUAAAAGUAAACGAAUUAUAGAUUCUCAUGAUGUUUAUAUGGACCCUAUUAUAACUGAAUCAAAUGGUAUAUGGGUUGAUGUACCGGGUCCUGCUUUAACUCAACUAAAAAUUUCAGAUAUUAAUCCAAUGGCUGCUAUUCAUGCUGCAUCGCAUUGCUUAAUUUCGCUAUUGCCUCGUUUUACGCAUUCUUCAGUUACUGAUGUUCGUACAGAGUGUAAGAAUCCUCAUGCUACACGUCCACGACCUGCACGAAUUACAUUAUAUGAGACACAACCUAUGGGCAUCAUUAGACAAGCAUAUCGACUUUUUGAUGAUUUGCUGAAGCUAAGUAUUAAACAGAUUGAAAAUUGUCCUUGCGAAUUUGGUUGUCCAUCAUGCAUACAUUUGACAUUCUGUUCUGAAUAUAAUGAAGUUUGUUCUAAACAAGGAGCACUUAUCCUUUUGAAAUCUUUAUAUAAUGAGCCUUAGAAUCUGUAUUAUAUCAAUGUAAAUAUUAUCUAAUUUUAGUGCACAUGCAUAAUAAAUGUAAUAUAAAAGAGGACGACUGGAC